AUGGGGACUCCCCGCGCCUUGCAACUCUCCUUCCUCCUGCUACGCCACACCCCACACUCUCGUCUCCACAUCCCUCAUCUCCCCUUCCCUCGUCUCCCCAUCCCUCAUCUCCCCUUCCCUCGUCUCCCCAUCCCUCAUCUCCCCAUCCCUCAUCUCCCCUUCCCUCAUCUCUCCAUCCCUCGUCUCCCCAUGCCUCAUCUCCCCAUCCCUCACCUCCCCAUGCCUCACCUCCUCAUCUCUCAUCUCUCCAUCCCUCAUCUCCCCAUCCCGCAUCUCCCCAUCCCUCAUCUCCCCAUCCCUCACCUCCCCAUCUCUCACCUCCCCAUCCCUCAUCUCCCCAUGCCUCACCCCAUCUCCGCCGCACCCCGUGGCAUCGUCAUACGUCGCCAUUUCCCACCUCUUCCUACUUCCCAUCCCCCUCUUCCGCCCUUCCUCCCCCCUUCUCUCAAUCCCUUCCUCUCGCCCUGCCAUCCUACUUCCCAUCCCCCUUUCCUCGUUUCCCCAGACCUCCUUUCCCCAUCCCGUCAUUCACUCUCCCUCCGUUCCCCAUCCUUCCAUUCCCCAUGCCUACUUUCACCAUUCCACCAUACCCCAUUCACCAUACUCCUAACCCCAUCUCCUCCUCAACCCAUCUCCUCCUAUACACAUCCGCUUCUUCCCCCUUCCCUCGUCACCGCGUCCCCUCCUCUCCCCAUCCCCUCCUCUCACCAUCCCCUCUUCUCCCCACCCGCUCCCGUCCUCUCCCCAUCCGCCCAUCCCACCUCACCACUUCCCUCCUCUUCCCAUCCAUCCUCUCCUCAUCCCUCCCCAUCCCGGCACCUCUUCAUCCCUUGUGCUUUUCUGCACCAGGGAGCUGCUUGGGCCGCUGUGGGUGGAUGGCGGUGGGCAGAGUCACACAGCAUAGGCAGACGUGGUGCUGCCUGUCCUCCCUUUCCCCCGUCCUCCCUCCCCAUCCAUCCUUCCCUUCCUCUGUUCCUCUCUUCCUCCAUACGUCCCUUCCUCCGUUUCUCUGUCCCUCUUUUCCCCUGGUCGUCCUUCUGUUUGGGGAAAGCGAGGUCGAUGGGAGGGGGAGAGCGAGGGCGACGGGAGGGGGAAAGCGAUGGAAACGGGAGGGGGAAAAGCACGGAAGGGGAUGGGGGGAAGCACGGAAGGGGAUGGGGGAAAGCAGGGAAGGGGACAUGGGGGAGCAGGGAAGGGGAUGGGGGGAAGCAGGGAGGGGGAUGGGGGCAAGCAGGGAAGGGGACAUGGGGGAGCAGGGAAGGGGAUGGGGGGAAGCAGGGAAGGGGACAUGGGGAAACAGGGAAGGGGAUGGGGGGAAGCAGGGAAGGGGAUGGGGGGAAGCAGGGAAGGGGAUGGGGGGAAGCAGAGAAGGGGAUGGGGGGAAGCAGGGAAGGGGAUGGGGGCAAGCGGGGAAGGGGAUGGGGGCAAGCGGGGAAAGGGAUGGGGGGAAGCAGGGAAGGGGAUGGGGGAAGCAGGGAAGGGGACAUGGGGAAGCAGGGAAGGGGAUGGGGGGAAGCAGGGAAGGGGACAUGGGGAAGCAGGGAAGGGGAUGGGAGGAAGCAGGGAGGGGGAUGGGGGGAAGCAGGGAAGGGGACAUGGGGGAGCAGGGAAGGGGAUGGGGGCAAGCAGGGAAGGGGACAUGGGGGAGCAGGGAAGGGGAUGGGGGCAAGCAGGGAAGGGGACAUGGGGAAGCAGGGAAGGGGAUGGGGGGAAGCAGGGAAGGGGAUGGGGGGAAGCAGGGAAGGGGAUGGGGGGAAGCAGGGAAGGGGAUGGGGGCAAGAGGGAGAGAGGUAA